AUUGCGGUCUUAAAAUAUAUAAUUAUUGUCGAACGGCUAAUGGUGGGGAAUGUGUCUCCUUCGAUUGUAGUUGUCACGCAACCUCAUUAAUUUUAAUUUUUUGGCAGUCACUGCCCAAUACCCAUUGGUGUAUAGACUAUAAACGUAACGUAUGUAGAGGAUGGCGGACGCGAUUGGUGACAACAUUUACUGACCAGCCUGCUCUUAACGUGUUACAGUAGAAUCGGUAGAUCUCUCAUGACUGUAGUUCGUGGUGGUUUUGCUUGGCGGCGGCGGCGGGUACUCACGAUUGAUAACGCGGACCUCGGCUCCGGGUGGCCUGGAUAUCACUAAUCACUAUCAACGCGUAUCAUUUGUGUUUUGACCGGCGUCGACGAUGGCAGCAAUUGCGUCCAGCGUAGUCGUUCUCGACAGAGGAAACAACACAACAUGCACGAUCAACUUGCACGGUGCCACUGUGGUCUCUUGGAGGGUUAACAAUCAGGAACAGUUGUUCGUCAGUAAACUGGCUGUUUUUGAUGGUCAAAAAUCAAUUCGAGGAGGCAUUCCUAUAGUUUUCCCUCAUUUUGGACCUUGGGCUUAUGGACCUCUUCAUGGGUUUGCCAUGACAUGCAGAUGGAAUGUUGAAAAACAACCUGAACCAUUAGACAAUGGUGAUAUUGAAGCACUAUUUUCAUUAGUGGACAAUUCUAUUACAAAACAAAUGUGGAAUUAUAGUUUCAAAUUAGUGCUAAGAGUGAUAUUGAGAGAAAAAGAAUUACAAGUCAGCUUCAAUUUAUACAACUCAUCUCUAGAACCAUUUCAAUUUAACAUGCUUUUCCAUACGUAUCUAAAAGUACCAGAUGUUCGAAAGUGUAACAUAUCUGGUCUUCAAGGAUGCAUGUAUGUAGAUAAGACAAAGGAAAAUAGUGUGUAUCAAGAACCGAGAGAAAUGGUGACUGUAAAUCAUUGGACUGAUAGAAUCUAUCAAAAUACACAACAGGAACAUGUGAUUUCAAAUGUUGUAUCCGGAAGAAAAAUGAAAAUGAUUAAAUACAAUAUGCCAGAUACAGUUGUAUGGAACCCAUGGGAUGUAACAUCGAGUACAAUGAGUGACUUUGGUGAAGACGAAUAUCCAAAUAUGAUAUGUGUUGAAGCUGGCAUUGUGAUCACUCCAAUCACAUUGAAUCCAAAUAACACAUAUGAAGGCACAAUAAUUUUACAGGUUAUGUGAGUAGAGUCGGGAGCUGCUGUUGGCGGGGCGAGGUCUAAAGUACGUGGGGUCAAUGCACGCCAACGUUGCUCGCCAUUAUCCGCAGACAUUAAUAGAAACUCCGGCAGCUCCUAUUUUCAAUCACAGACAUCACCUGUUCAAACAAUGUUUAACAGACAACCAGCUGUAAAUCAUGGCUGGUUUACUUCCAUGAUGACUACGACUGAUUUUUUCAGUCCCCAACGUUAUCCAUCCAAUAACCCAGUACCACCCGUCCACCAUGAUUCAACGUGUGAUCAGCAUUCAUCGUGCACCAUAUGUUCUCUAAAUUUGUAAACAUUUUAUAAUCUUUAUAUAUUAGCUAUUAUUGUAUAUUACAUUAAUUUAUUUAGACAAAAUUCAUAUUUUUAAUAAUUAAUUUUAGUAGGUAAAUCUUUUUUUUUAGUCUAAACAUUAAAAAAUGUGCCUAAAAUUUAAUUUUUUUUUGAAAUUCCUUGAUUUAUAUUAUCAACACAUUUAAAAGUUAAAAACUAAAAUGUUUCUAACAAAAAUCAAAUUAAUAAAUGAGUUGAAUAUUAAAGUGUAAGAUUAUUUAAGUAAUAUUAGUUUUUUUUUUAUUAUUAUAAAUUAUCACUAUAUUAUGUCAAUAGUGUUAAUUUCACUCGUUAAAAAAUUGAAUAUCAUGUUCUUUAUUUAUAGUAUAAAAUAGAUCUGAUAUUGUUUUACACAUUUGUGUUUUGUUUAUAAUUUGUUAUUUUUUUUAUGAAAAAUCCAAUAUCUAAUUAUUGGAAUUAUAUAGAGUAGAAUAUUUAAUUAUAUUAAUUGAUUGCUCAACUCAAUAUACAAUAGUAAACUAUUACUAACCAAUUUUUAUUGUGAUUAUAGUUAGGGUGAAUUUAUAUUAUAUCUCAUAAUAAUUGAUCUGGUAAUAUUAUUCUGUAAUAUCAUUCCAUUUUAAUAAGUUUCAUUUUCAGUUAAAUUAUUGUCAAUUUUUUUUUUUUAUUAUAAUUUUUAUAUGUUUACUAUUUUAUUUAUAUUUCUGUGGAUGGACAUGUUAUUUCAAAUACUUUCAUUUGUGAUUUAUUAUGUUAGUAAAAACUAAAAAGUAUUUGGUUUAUGUAGUCAUACAAAAUUAAGUAAUGGCUAUAAUUGUAAUUUUUAUUUAUAGAAAACAUGACUAUUAAAAUGUUUAAAAUCAGAAUUUAAAGUAUUUAUUAUUAUUUUUUUCACUGCACUAAUAUCAAUUAGAUUUAAUUAAUAAUUACAUUUUUGAUACAUUUUUUUAUUAAAUUCUUCAUGUACCUAUAGAAGUGCUUUUCCAAACAUAAUUUUAGUCUGUGUUGUAAUUAUUGUGAUCAAUAUAGUGUCAAAAAUAUUGGUGUCACAAGUUGAUUUUAAUUGUAAUUUGUAAUAAAUAUUAUAAAAAUAAUAAGUUUUGUAAAAAUUAUAUGGAAUUUAUUAUAUUAAUUGUUUAAUUUAAUCUAAAGACAUUUAUUUUUAAAUAAAAUAACAAUCAAUAUAAUUUUUUUUUAUUCGUUAUAAUAUUAUUUUUUAAUGAUUAAGUCUUCCAAUGUAGGCAACCAUAGAAGAAUACAAUAAUAUAAAAUUGUGAUUAAUUUUAUAUAAAAGAUAAAAAAAAUAUAUAUAUCCUUAUUAUUUAACUAAUAAACUAUGGGUUUAAUGUGUUGUAUCUUAAAAGUAGAAAACCAAUUUUAUGAAUUUAAGUGUAGACUACAAUAAUAUUAUUGUAUUGUGAUUGUACAGUAAGUUAUUACUUAUUAGUAAUUAUUUGUUAUUUUUUGUUAUAAGUAAAUAAGUAAAACUGUUUUUUUUUUGUAUGUGUAUUAAAUAAAAUUGUAGUGAAGCCAAAAAUAAUUGACUGUUGGGUCUAAAUAUUAUUAUUUAUCAACAAUUAAAACAAAACAAAAAUUAUGGUGAUAAUUUAUGGUACCAUUUUAUUUAUUUUUCAUAUCAAAUAAUUUAAUUGAGUUAACUUUAUACCAUUGUGCUUUUAUUUACAUGUGUAAACAUGUAAAUUCUGUAUUGUAGAUCAAAAUCAUUAUUUGUAUGCAUAAUUGGUGGGUGGAUGGGUGGUGACUGGGUGAGUGUUUCUAUUUGAAUUUAAAAAUUGAAAUUUCUUCACUUUGAGAAUGAGUAACUUUUUUAAUUGGUUUCUGUGAUUACACAUACCUAUGUACCUACUACACAUUAGGCAAGUUGUUAAAGUUUAUCAUUAUAAUAGUAUAAAAAUAGUAUUUAUUUUCUUCUCUUGGUUUUUUCCGUGGUAUUUUUCUGCAAAUAAAUAUUAUAUUAAUCAA